AUGAAUGAUCGUUUUAUGGAAAAUAAUUGCAAUUUAAAUAAUCAGAUUUUAUUGGCAAGUCAUAACGUACAUAAUACAGCAAUGAAAGGCGAUGAAAGUGACGAUUCGAUUCCAUCGUUUGGUUUCACUCAAGAGCAAGUCGCUUGUGUAUGUGAAGUCUUACAGCAAGCUGGGAAUGUGGAACGUCUCGGACGAUUUCUUUGGUCACUUCCACAGUGUGAGAAAAUUCAAUUGAAUGAGUCGGUUUUGAAAGCGAAGGCGGUUGUUGCAUUUCACAGGGGACAUUUUAAGGAACUUUAUAGAAUAUUGGAAAGUCAAACAUUUUCAAUGUGCAAUCAUCAAAAAUUACAGACACUGUGGCUGAAAGCACAUUAUGUGGAAGCUGAAAAACUUCGAGGACGACCAUUGGGUGCUGUCGGUAAAUAUCGUGUACGUAGGAAAUUCCCAUUACCACGAACCAUUUGGGAUGGUGAGGAGACGAGUUAUUGCUUUAAGGAGAAGUCACGAUCAGUGCUGAGAGAUUGGUAUACGCACAACCCUUACCCGUCGCCAAGAGAGAAAAGAGAAUUGGCGGAAGCAACUGGUCUCACUACAACUCAGGUUUCAAAUUGGUUCAAAAACCGACGGCAAAGAGAUCGAGCAGCAGAACAUAGUAAAGAAUCUGGAGAUAAGAACAUGGACUCAUCGAGUGAUUCCGAAAUGGACAUGCCAGGAAUGAUGAUGGGACCGAACUCUCAAGGCUCAAAACUUCCCCACAAUCCGAAUGCUGGUCUAUCGCACAAUAUCUUAUUACAGCAAAGUCAGUUAGGACAAAUACCACAAAGUUAUUCAACGUCAGGCAAUCACAACUUACACAACACAUUACAUCCUUACGAUGCCAUGGAUGCAUAUCAGAGCUUAUGAUUUUAGAAUUGAAUAAUUUUCGAAAAUAGGCCAUGCAAAGUCAUGGAAGUAAAAAUUUUGAGAGCUUAGAAUCAACAAAAGAAGACUAGAAAACUUUGGGAUUUAUUUUUCACAACUUUGAAAAUGUAUUAGAUGAGCUGGUAGACAGAAAUGUUUC